CGGCGUUGGGGAGCAGAAAGGACCCUCGAAGGGCUCUCCUGACGUUGACAGUCGACGAUUUAAAGCCCCGCUAGAAUUUUCACCGUAUAUAUGCUUUGUUUCUUGGGUCCCGGAGAAGCAUGAGCCUGGUGGGGCUUGGGACAAGAAGAAAACAAGACACCUUCGAGAAAAGCCAGACACUAAGAGAAAAGGAUCCCAAAGUCUGAAGAGACAGAGCGCAAACAUGACCGACACAGGUCUCAGGGAUCUUCCGGAGGACCCUCAAAAGGAUUUGGAAAAUGAUCCACCAAUAAAUACUCAGGCACAAGACACUACAGUCCCAGCAAGGACCACUGAAGAAGCUCAGACCCCAGACCCUGCCUCUGGUCUUAACCAAGACCAUCAAGAGAUAGAAUCACUUGGCCCAGGAAGUACAGAUGCAGAUGAUCAACCAGAAAGUCCCGCUGAAACAAAUUAUGGGAAAUAUCCAAAGGAAGAAAGUGAGAACAGCCCGAGUUUGCCGGAUGGAGAACAAGGGCAUCAGUUCCCUCCAGAAAGUCCAGCUGAAGACUCCUUGGAUCCAGAACCCCCAGAACCCAACUGUUCUCCAAGUGACAUGGUCGAAAGAACAGAUGCCCCCUUGGUGAGCAGCUCCGCAGCCCUCCCUGAGGACAUAGGCAGCAGACCCCAAGCUUCACAGGAGCCUCCUGUUGUUGACCUUCAGGACACCCAGUGUCCUGGUCAUUCCAGUGCGAGGCUGGACACCCCGAGCCAGGACACGCUAAGGAAGCGACUCUUGGCUCCAGAGGCUGAGAGACACCAACAGGAAACACAAAAAUUGGAAGAAAACAAAGAGAAUGCACAGGAUACCAUAAGAAAGAUUAAUAAAAAGGAUUUUUUGAGCUACGGCUCCAUCUUUAUUGGCUUCUUGGUUCUGACUCUUGUUUUACUAAGUUCAGUUCAUAGCUACUAUUCCUCUCCAGCCCAGCAAGUGCCCCCAAAUCCAGCUUUGGAGGCCUUCUUGGUUCAUUUCAGCCAACUGAAGGCCAAGUUUCCGGGCCAGAGUUCCUUUGUGUGGCAGAGAGGACGGAAGUUUCUCCAGAAGCACCUCAAUGCUUCGAACCCCACCGAGCCAGCCACCCUCAUAUUCACAGCAGCUCAAGAGGGAAGAGAGACCCUGAAGUGCCUGAGCCACCACGUCGCAGAUGCCUACACAGCCUUCCAGAAAGUCUCGGCCAUUCAGAUCGACGGGGCUGGAAGAACCUGGCAGGACAGUGAUGCGGUGAAGCACUCGGUGGACCUGGAGCUGAGCUCGGCAUUCGAGAAGGGCAGGAAGGCUGCCGUGGUACAUCGCUUUGAGUCCCUCCCUGCAGGCUCCACCCUGAUCUUCUACAAGUACUGCGACCACGAGAACGCCGCCUUUAAAGACGUGGCCCUGGUCCUGACCGUCCUGCUGGAGGAGGAAACGCUGGAAGCAAGUGUCGGCCCAAGGGAAACGGAAGAGAAAGUGCGCGAUCUCCUCUGGGAGAGGUUUACCAACGCUCACACCCCCCGGUCCUUCAACCACAUGGAUUCCGACAAACUGAGCGGGCUCUGGAGCCGGAUUUCCCACCUGGUGCUGCCCGUCCAGCCCGUGAGGAGCAUCGAAGAACACGGCUGCUUUCUCUAAGCCACGCACAGACUGCUUGUGGGAGGCGUGGGGUUAUUAAAAAGCCAGUUGAAAAGGCUUCCGUUUAUGUGGAAGGAGGUUGCUGAAUGCGAGGAAACAGCCUGGAAGGCACAAACGAGCUGAUUUUCGAAAUUGGCAUUUUUUUUUUUUUUAACGUUUGGUACAAUCCUUCUGAUCUACGCUUGACAAAGCUAAAAGUUGAUCUGACCUUUUCCCCUUGCCCUUCGAGCACAUCAGGAAUGUAAAACUGAGAAGUAUUUUCUUAAUCCAAAAAUAGGGCAACAGAAUCCAUGCACGGGCAGAUGAUCGUCUCCGAGUACCUACAGGGGAUUUUUGUUUUCUUGAGUCUGAGGAGCCUUUUGGAUCGUAUUUGGGCUCGCAGUAAAGCAAUUAGUUACAAAGCAGUGAAAUUUUUAAAAAAAAAUUUCUAUCACAUGUUAAAUAUUUUUAAAACUGAUUUUAAUAACCUAGGUGUGGGAUUAUAUCACACACGUCUUUGCACUUUUGAAUAGUAUGAAAAAGGAAAUAAGCAUCCACAUACUUAUUUACCGAAGUACUAUGUGUGAGGCACUAGCUCUGUUUUUCUCCCGUCAAAUGAGCGCCGAGGUAAAAGCAGCUGAACUUGAGAAACGUUCUUAGAAAUUGGAAACAAUAGUCACUGCAAAUGAAGAAAUUCCAGUUGGCUGUAUCUUUGCUUCAGCUUUCUUGAAUGAUUGAGAGCAGUGAUUUUCCAUCUGUUUGCAGACACCCCUCCCUACUGGAUCAAAGCAGUUCUGCUUUUGCCCCUUUUCUAUAUUGAGACCCUCCCUAAGAUUUAAUUGGAAUAAAGAGUUCCACCGGAGUUCCCAUCGUGGCGCAGUGGUUAACGAAUCCGACUAGGAACCAUGAGGUUGCGGGUUCAGUCCCUGCCCUUGCUCAGUGGGUUAACGAUCCGGCAUUGCUGUGAGCUGUGCUGUAGGUUGCAGACGCGGCUCGGAUCCCGUGUUGCUGUGGCUCUGGCGUAGGCCGGUGGCUACAGCUCCAAUUCGACCCCUAGCCUGGGAACCUCCAUAUGCCGUGGGAGCGGCCCAAGAAAUAGCUAAAAAGACAAAAAAUAAAAUUAAAAAAAAAAAAAGAGUUCCACCGAUGAAGCUCGAAAAUCAUUAAGUGAAAAAACAUCUUAGAACAUAGGAAAUGGUUAAAAAAAUGAAUAUAUUAGAACUCGUGAGUAGGAAGAGAAUGAAAUACAGGUUUAUCUUAGAAACCGGUUUAUCUUAGAAACGUGCAGUUUUUGAAAGAUAAAGACCUACAGAUGAAAAGUGGGAAUGAAUAAAUAAUAUUUACUAGCAUA